AUGGAAUACUAUAUUCCUAUCCUGGUUUGUCUAACCUUCUUUGUUUCGUAUAUUGAAGGACAAGGAAUGGGUGGAUGGUGGGAUCGGCGGGGAUUUGGUAGUCCAUGGGGAAAAUUUGGCGGUCGAGGAUUUCCAAUAUUACCACCACCGAGAGGCUUUCUGAUUCCUCCACCAGUUCCACCACCCGGAUUUCCAACAGGACCUUUCGGAGGAUUAGAGCGGUUUACUAACAACAUAUUCCACUUCUUAUACUGUCAUAAUCGUUUUAAGGAUAUCAGCAAAAAUCGUAGACAUCUUGGUCGAGGUGAAUGGCGUCGCAAGGCGCGCAUGUUCUGUCACCGAUUCCCUGGUCAUCCACAUUGCAGAAAAGGAAAGAUUCCCGAUCAAAACGAAGUAUCUGAUAUGCUGAAAAAAAUGAAAUACGGAAAUAUUGGACAAUUUUUGAGACGGGUUCCUAGAAUUCGAAUUGACGAUCCACUAAGAAAUGUGGACAAAAGACUUCAAGGAUUCUUAGGUGGUUUCCAUCAUCAGUUUGGACACAUUGACAGAGACGUAUUUAAAAAAAUCAAAGACAUCUGUAAAAGCAGAAGGUGUAAAGAACAGCCUGAGAAUGCGAAAAAGAGCCGAGAUAUUAUUACUGAAAAGAUGAUUGCUUUUGAACAGAAAAUUACUGGAAAAGAUCCUAGCGACAGAGUCAACCUUAGACUGGAUAGAACUCUUCAGUUAAAAGAGGCAUUACUAGAACGCGGAAAUCUUACUGCUGAUAUUGUUCCUGUAGAUAAUGGAAUAUUUGAUCAAGAUACUUUGCUUACCGAAGAGCAAGCAAACAUUUUAUUAAAUGAGCUGAAUAAAGGAGGAGUUGGAGCAGAUGAAAUUCCACUCCCGGAAACGGAUUCCGAUGAUAGUGAGGAAGACACAGGUAAAAAACCUGUUGUAAAGACUCCUAUUUCUAAUCCAAAUGCCACGAAAGCCAGACCAAAAAAGUCUGCCCUUUAUUUUGAAGGAAACUUGAUAAAGAAGUGGGGAUCAGGGUCACCGAUCCCCUUCGUACUCGAUGAUUCUUUAGAAUCAAUUGAUAAGAACGAUGUCCGUGCAGCUAUCUAUGAAAUCGAAAAGAACACGUGCAUUCGCUUCAGAGAAUUGUCGGCUCCACCUAGUGGUUCCCAUAUUGUUUACUACAAAGUGGACAGCCCAACAUUCUGCGGAUUGUCUUACGUAGGAAGAGCUGAUCCUGCAAAUCCCAUCUAUUUGAGUUUCGGAUGUGACAAUAAUAAGGGAGUUGCUAUUCAUGAGACAAUGCACGCAUUAGGUGUUGCUCACCAACACCUUCGAACAGAUCGAGAUCAAUUCAUUACGAUUAAUUGGAGUAACAUUGAUCCACAACAAUAUGAUUCAUUCGUUGUCGUUGAUUCAAAGCUUUACACAUCGUAUGGAGUAAAGUACGCAUAUGAUAGCAUUAUGCAUUACAACGCUUAUACUGCUGCACAGAACUUUGCUGUUGCAACAAUGACUCCUAAGAACAACCCCGCUGUUAAUUUGAAAUUGCUCGGACAACGAGAUAGAAUGGCGAAAGAAGAUAUCGAAAUCCUUCGUAAAAUGUAUUGUAUGCCAGGAUGUGAAGAUCAGAAUGUCUAUUGUGGAGCUUGGGCGCUUAGAAACCUCUGUACCAAUCCAAGUCACAAUCGUUACAUGGCCAACACGUGCAAAAAAAGCUGCAACUUGUGUUCAGGAAACCUCGGCGAUCUAAUUGGUGGAAUUGGAGAGAUGGUUACUGGAAUAACUAGCCAACUAGGUCUUGACUUGAAUGACGAUUUGAUGCAUAUGGCAAAGGGACCACGCCCAGAUGAUGCCACAUGGAAUCGGCAAGCUCGAAGAUUUUGUAGACGUUAUCCUGGACAUCCAAAAUGCAGAGACGGAUUACCACAAUUUAAUGACUUGCAAUCAAUUAUUAAUGGAAUUAUAACUGAUGCAGGAAAGUGGCUUCCGAAAGUACCAUUAAUUGAUAUUCGUGAUCCGCUUGCUGGAAUCAAUGACGAUUUGAAGAAUGUUCUUAGCGGACUUCUUCUUCAGUUUGGUGAUCUUGGAAAGAAAGUUACAGGGAGCUUAAGAAAUGUGUGCAAACGGCGGAAUUGCCUUCAGCAAAAUGAGAAAACUCACAAAACCAAGACUGAUGUAUUAAGUCGACUAACAAAAUUCGAAAAAAAUAUGGUCGGAAAAGAUACUACGGACAAGAUCAAUUUGAGAUUCGACCGUACUCUUCAACUUAAACAAGCUCUCUUGGAAAAGGCUAAUUUGAAAGGAGUUAUCGCACCAGAAGACAAUGGAAUUUUUGACAGAGACGUCCUUCUCACUGAACAACAAGCAAACUUUAUGCUUAAUGAGCUGGGAAAAGGUGGCGAAGGAGCAUCUUUUGCAGGAUCGCCACCGGCACGUCGUGGUCGUGCGUCAGUAUUCUUCGAGGAAAAUCCUGUUCAAAAAUGGCCAACAAAUCAACCAGUGCCAUAUACAUUUGAUGCAUCAUUAUCCGACCUUGAUAAGAAUGACGUAAACGCUGCACUUAAAGAAAUUGAAAGAAACACCUGCAUCAGAUUUAAAUAUUUUGCAAAUACACCAAAAGGAAAUCACAUCAACUAUCAAAAAGUGGAUUCGCCUACUUUCUGUGGAUUAUCCUACAUUGGAAGAGUUGAACCAGCAAAUCCAGUAUAUCUGAGUUUCUUGUGUGGAAAUGCCCGCGGGAUCGCCAUUCAUGAGACUAUGCAUGCUCUUGGGGUUAAUCAUCAACAUCUUAGAAUGGAUCGCGACCAGCAUAUCAAAAUCGAUUGGAGUAACAUCGAUCCACAACAAUAUGAUUCAUUUGUCGUUGCUGACUCAAAACUUUACACCACUUAUGGUGUCAAAUACGCUUAUGAUAGCAUCAUGCAUUAUAAUGCUUAUACGGCUGCUAUGGAUAUUUCCAAGCCAACUAUGAUUCCUUUAAAAAACCAACAAACAAAUAUUGGACUUCUCGGACAAAGGGCAAAAAUGAGUACGGCGGAUAUCGAAAUUCUUAACAAAAUGUAUUGUAAACCAGGUUGUGAAGAUAAGAACGUGUACUGCGGUGCUUGGGCUCUUCAAGGUGUCUGCACCAACCCUAAUAACAAUAUUUGGAUGGCAGCUAAUUGUAAAAAGAGUUGUAAUCUUUGCUAA